GGUCGGCUGGGCGCGGCGCUGACUGGGAGACCGCAGUGCCGGGGAGCGCACCGAAGUUCUCGCGUGGCCCAGGCCCUGGGCCCAAGAUGGUGGCGUUAGGAGCCCCGACUCAGUGAUGGCGGCCUUGGAGGGGCCCCCUACCGAGCGGGAGGCUGGGGGUGGCCCGGAGGUGAGACCCCGCUGCGUUCACAGAGUUGGGGGCCGCGGCGCCUGCGUCCUCCGGUAGGCUAGGAGUGGAGCAGAACUCAUGUGCCUAUGCGGAGAGGCCUGGGGGACCUCAGGAGGAUGUAGGCUCCGGGUGCGCACGGCUGGGCCUUCUUGCUCUCGGUAGACUUCUUGGUCUCCACGUGCCCCGCCCUCGGCCCCCUCCCGCUACUCUUGCCGGUUCCAGUUCCCUCCUGUGGGUACCGCUAACGGCAUCUUACCGAGGCCCAGAAUCCACCGUCAGGCAUAAAUUGAUUAUUCCUCACCCAAAGCUGUGCCAGGUAUAUUUGUAUAUGUAACCAAAUCUGGUUUCUGCAUCCCACGAGUGACCCCGCUGGGGAGACUAGACUAAGCUACAGGAAUGAACUGUAUGGUUCAGAUUCUGAAAACAGAAAUAAGAUGAACGAACGAAAAUCAAAGAUGGAAAUUUCUGAAGAAAAGGAGUCAGCGAGGGCUGCAUCCGAAAAACUCCAAAGACAGAUCACCCAGGAAUGUGAGUUAGUUGAAACCAGUAAUUCUGAGGACAGAUUAUUGAAGCACUGGGUAAGCCCUUUAAAGGAUGCAGUGAGACAUCUCCCUUCCCAAGAGAGAGGUAUCAGGGAAAUGCGUAUUAUCCCCAAGAAAGCCAUUGUGGGAGAGAUUGGCCAUGGAUGUAAUGAAGGAGAAAAAAUACUUUCUGCAGGAGAAAGCUCCCAUAGAUAUGAGGUUAGUGGCCAAAACUUCAAACAUAAGUCAGGAUUAACUCAACAUCAGAAAAUUCAUAAUAUAAAUAAGACCUAUGAAUGUAAGGAAUGUGGAAAAACCUUCAACAGGAGUUCAAACCUGAUAAUACAUCAGAGAAUUCAUCCUGGAAAUAAACCAUAUGUGUGUAAUGAAUGUGGGAAAGACUCUAAUCAAAGUUCAAAUCUUACACAUCAGAGAAUUAAUACAGGAAAGAAACCUUACAUAUGUCAUGAAUGUGGAAAAGACUUCAAUCAGAGCUCUGAUCUGGUGAGACAUAAGCAAAUUCACAGUGGCGGGAAUCCCUAUGAGUGCAAAGAGUGUGGGAAGGCUUUUAAGGGAAGCUCAAACCUUGUCCUACACCAGAGAAUCCACAGUGUGGGGAAGCCUUAUUUAUGCAAUAAAUGUGGGAAGGCCUUCAGUCAAAGUUCACACCUUGUCACACAUCAGAGAAUUCACACUGGAGAGAAACCCCUCAAGUGUAAUGAAUGUGAAAAAGCCUUCAGGCAGCAUUCUCACCUUACUGAACACCAGAGACUCCACAGUGGAGAGAAACCCUAUGAAUGUCACAAACGUGGGAAGACCGUCAGUGGGCGCACAGCUUUCCUCAAACAUCAGAGACUGCAUGCUGGAGAGAAACUUGAAGAAUGUGAGAAAACCUUCAGCAAGGAUGAGGAGCUUACAGAAGAGCAGAGACUUCACCAGGAAGAAAAAGCUUAUUGGUGUAAGCACUGUGGUAGGAAUUUCCAGGGCAGCUCAGACCUCAUCAGACAUCAGGUAACUCAUACAGGAGAGAAACUGUAUAAAUGUAAAGAAUGUGGGAAAACUUUCAAUCAGAGCUCAGACCUUCUGAGACAUCAUAGAAUUCACAGUGGAGAAAAACCUUGUGUAUGUAGCAAAUGUGGGAAAUCUUUUAGGGGCAUCUCAGAUCUUACUAGACACCAUCGUAUUCAUACUGGAGAGAAACCCCAUGAAUGUAGUGAAUGUGGGAAAGCCUUCAGCCAGCGGUCACACCUUGUUACACACCAGAAAAUCCAUACUGGAGAGAAGCCCUAUCGGUGCAAUGAAUGUGGGAAUGCCUUCAGACGGCGUUCCCUCCUUAUUCAACAUCAGAGAAUUCACAGUGGUGAGAAGCCCUAUGAAUGUAAGGAAUGUGGGAAACUCUUCAUUUGGUACAUGGCUUUCCUCAAACAUCAGAGAUUGCAUGCUGGAGAGAAACUUGACUGUGAGAAAACCUUCAGGCAGGAUGAAGUGCUUACGGAAGAGCAGAGAACUCACCAGGAAGAGAAAGCUUAUUUGUGUAAUCAGUGUGGUAGGAAUUUCCAGGGCAGCUCAGACCUCAUCAGACAUCAGGUAACUCAUACAGGAGAGAAACCGUAUGAAUGUAAAGAAUGUGGGAAAACUUUCAAUCAGAGCUCAGACCUUCUGAGACAUCAUAGAAUUCACAGUGGAGAAAAACCUUAUGUAUGCACCAAAUGUGGGAAAUCUUUUAGGGGUAGCUCAGAUCUUAUUAAACACCAUCGUAUUCACACUGGAGAGAAACCCUAUGAAUGUAGUGAAUGUGGGAAAUCCUUCAGCCAGAGGUCACACCUUGCUACACACCAGAAAAUCCAUACUGGAGAGAAGCCCUAUCAGUGCAAUGAAUGUGGGAGUGCCUUCAGGCGGUGUUCCCUCCUUAUUCAACAUCGGAGAAUUCAUAGUGGUGAGAAACCCUAUGAAUGUAAGGAAUGUGGGAAACUCUUCAUGUGGUCCACAGGUUUCCUCAAGCAUCAGAGACUGCAUGCUAGAGAGAAACUUGAAGAAUCCGAGAAAACCUUCAGCAAAGAUGAGGAGCUUAGGGAAGAGCAGAGACUUCACCAGGAAAGGAAAGUUUAUUUGUGUAAUCAGUGUGGUAGGACUUUCCAGGGCAGCUCAGACCUCAUCAGACAUCAGGUAACUCAUACAAGAGAGAAACCGUAUGAAUGUAAAGAAUGUGGGAAAACUCAAUCGGAGCUCACACCUUGUGAGACAUCACAGAAUUCACAGUGGAGAAAAACCUUAUGUAUGCACCAAAUGUGGGAAAUCUUUUAGGGUAGCUCAGAUCUUAUUAAACACCAUCGUGUUCAUACUGGAGAGAAACCUCAUGAAUGUAGUGAAUGUGGGAAAUCCUUCAGCCAGAGAUCACACCUUGUUACACACCAGAAAAUCCAUACUGGAGAGAAGCCCUAUCAGUGCACUGAAUGUAGGAAAGCUUUCAGGUGGCGUUCCCUCCUUAUUCAACAUCAGAGAAUUCACAGUGGUGAGAAGCCCUAUGAAUGUAAGGAAUGUGGGAAACUCUUCAUGUGGUGCACGGCUUUCCACAAACAUCAGAGAUUGCAUACUGGAGAGAAACUUGAAUGUGAGAAAACCUUUAGCAAGGAUGAGGAGCUUAGGAGAGAGCAGAGAACUCACCAGGAAGAGAAAGCUUAUUGGUGUAAUCAGUGUGGUAGGAAUUUCCAGGGCAGCUCAGACUUCAUCAGACAUCAGGUAACUCAUACAGGAGAGAAACCCUACGAAUGUAAAGAAUGUGGGAAAACUUUCAAUCAGAGCUCAGACCUUCUGAGACAUCAUAGAAUUCACAGUGGAGAAAAACCUGAUGUAUGCACCAAAUGUGGGAAAUCUUUUAGGGGAAGCUCAGAUCUUAUUAGACACCAUCGUAUUCAUACAGGAGAGAAACCCUAUGAAUGCCCUGAAUGUGGGAAGGCCUUCAGUCGGAACUCACACCUUAUCGGUCAUCAAAGAAUUCAUACCAGAGAGAAACCCUUUGAAUGUAGCAACUGUGGUAAGGCCUUCAGUGGGCGGACAGCUUUUCUUAAACACCAGAAACUUCACAUUGGAAAGGAAUUUGAGGACUGUGAGAGUCUACAAACAGGACCUAUUCUAAUAGAUAGCAGAAACCUAAUGAAUAUAGUAAAACUACAAAAAUCGAGUGACAAGUUUAAAUGUGGGAAAAAACCCUGUGAAAGCCUCACGUAUCCGCCCGUCUUUCCUGACCGACUCCUGGUGACGGUCUACUGCCUCCACGGGCCACGGCCAUGGCAAGGAAAGCAGGAGGACUCGGUUCGACUCCAUGGUGCGCGCCCCAGCCCCGUGAAGCCGGGAGUGGUGAGGCGGCCCGCCCGCAGCGGGGCAGUCAGUGACGGCGCGCAGACAGCCCGCAGGCGGAAAGUCCUCGCAGUGAGCAUCUCGACGCCGUCCAGCCCUGCAGCUUUGAGGCCCUUCCGGCGCACGCACCCCGCCCGGAUCCCCUGGCGCUGCCCCGGGAGGCUCUGCCUAGCCCGGCGCCUCGAGGACCCGGGCCUCAGUGGCCAAAGGCGGCGCGGGGUGCGCCCAGGCCCUGCCCCUGGGAGGCUGGACCGCCAGUCCGCGCAUGAGGCCAUCUGCGAGGCACGAGUGCAGGAGAGUGAAGGAGACCGGGGCUUGCUGGCAAGGACUGCAAUUCCCAGGGUCCUCCAGGGCAUGUGGCCGCGCCAUUCCAGUCGUGCAGGCGGCGCGCUCUUUCCCGCUCCGCUCCAGUACGGGAACCGGUUCCCCGGCUCCCAGCCUCUCGGCAGCGCCCACGCGCCUGGGCCGAAGUGCGCGAGCGGAAGCGGCCGGCGCGGAGGCUUCUGGGAGAUGGAGGCCGAGGCUGCGACCUGCGCAGGCGCAAACCUGCAGCUGGGGGUGAGGGCUGGAAGUGGCGCGGUUCGCGGCAGCGCCCCGAUGGAACCUCCUGGUCCUGUGAGGGGGCCCUUGCAAUAUUCCAGCUGGUAUGAGCCUUCUGCAGAGGUAGUCCAGACUAGAACGGCUGUAUCACUAACAGCAGCUGAAACUCUGGCCCUUCAGGGUACACGGGGACAAGAGAAGAUUAUGAUGAUGGAACCAAAGGAAGAGGAAGAGUCUUGUGAGUAUGAGACCAGGCUACCUGGGAACCACUCUACCAGUCAAGAGAUCUUCCGCCAACGCUUCAGGCAUCUCCGCUACCAGGAGACUCCUGGUCCCCGGGAGGCCUUGAGCCAGCUACGGGUACUCUGCUGUGAGUGGCUAAGGCCAGAGAAACACACGAAGGAGCAGAUCCUGGAGUUCCUGGUGCUGGAACAAUUCUUGACCAUCCUGCCUGAGGAGCUCCAGUCGUGGGUGCGGGGACAUCACCCUAAGAGUGGAGAGGAGGCUGUGACUGUGCUGGAGGAUUUAGAGAAAGGACUUGAACCAGAGCCGCAGGUCCCAGGCCCUGCACAUGGACCUGCACAGGAAGAGCCAUGGGAGAAGAAGGAAUCUCUGGGAGCAGCCCAGGAAGCACUGAGCAUCCGGCUCCAGACUAAGGAGACCCAGCCUUUCCCAAAAAGUGAACAGGUGUAUUUACAUUUUCUGUCAGUUGUUACAGAAGAUGGCCCAGAGCCCAAGGACAAAGGAUCAUUGCCACAACCACCCAUUACUGAAGCGGAAUCACAGGUGUUCUCAGAAAAACUUGCUACUGACACCUCUACAUUUGAAGCUACCUCUGAGGGUACCUUACAACCGCAGCAGAGAAAUCCCAAAGCGGAGACACUGAGGUGGUCCCCUGCCCAGGGGAAAAGUUUCAGGCAGAUGGUUGUCACCCAUAAGGAAAUUCCCACAGGGAAGAAAGAGCAUGAAUGUAGUGAAUGUGGUAAAACCUUCAUUUAUAACUCACAUCUUGUUGUCCACCAGAGAGUUCAUUCUGGAGAGAAACCCUAUAAGUGUAGUGACUGUGGGAAAACUUUCAAACAGAGCUCAAACCUCGGUCAGCAUCAGAGAAUUCAUACAGGAGAGAAACCCUUCGAAUGUAACGAAUGUGGGAAGGCCUUCAGGUGGGGUGCUCAUCUUGUUCAGCAUCAGAGGAUUCACUCAGGAGAGAAGCCCUAUGAGUGUAAUGAGUGUGGGAAGGCCUUUAGUCAAAGCUCCUAUCUCAGUCAGCAUCGGAGAGUUCACAGUGGAGAGAGACCUUUUAUAUGUAAAGAAUGUGGGAAAGCUUAUGGAUGGUGCUCAGAACUCAUUAGACAUCGGAGAGUUCAUGCCAGAAAAGAGCCUUCCCAUUGAAUUGAAGGGGAGAACGUCUCCAGACAGGAUUCUACAUCGGUCUAAUCUACUUUAGGACUGGAUCCCAUAAAAGUUAUAAGCUCCUUAAGA